AUGGACACAUUUUCAACAUUACCCGUCGAACUAGUUUAUCGAAUUAUGGAUCAUCAAAAUGACCGGACGCUUUUUUGUUCAAUGCAAAAUAUUUGUCGACGGCUCAAUCAGAUCCUGAGUACUUACCAGCGAUAUCAAACACUCACCGCACUUUACCUCAGUGGGAACCGAAUCGGUGAUGAAGGAGCACAACACAUUGCUAAUGCGCUGCGAACGAAUACGACACUCACCACACUUGACCUCAGUGGGAACGAAAUCGGUGAUGAAGGAGCACAACACAUUGCGGAUGCGUUGCGAACGAAUACGACACUCACCACACUUGACCUCAGUGGGAACGAAAUCGGUGAUGAAGGAGCACAACACAUUGCGGAUGCGUUGCGAACGAAUACGACACUCACCACACUUGACCUCAGUGGGAACGAAAUCGGUGAUGAAGGAGCNAAAAGAGAUCUUCGCCUUGAUAAUUCGUUACAGAUUGUUAACGAGAAAAUGUCGGAUGAUAUACUUGUCUAUUCACUUGAUGAACUUUUGAUAUAA